UGUGAUGACGCAUUUGCUUCGCAAGCUAAGUGCAGCAAUUAUGAGUCCGGAAGAACGUCAGCGACUUUAGGCACAAAUUGAAGAAAUUAUGGGACAGGAGUCCGAUCCAUUUGAAACAAGUGGCGACGUAGAAGAUGAUGAAUAUUUUCCAGAUGAAGAUGACUUCGGUGAAGCAUCAGAUAUAGAACAGGAAAUCGAGUUAGAGGCUGUUCUGGAUGAAAACCAUGAUGAUAUUGAGAAUUUGUAUAGAGAAGCUAUCGCCCUUCAGGCUUCAACCACAAUGCAGUCAUGCAGCACAUCUAUUACCCAUGGCCUUAUAUACAGGUCGAAAGAUGGUAAGAUGUGGAAUUCAAAUCGCCCACCACCUGGAAGGCCUCGUUGUCACAAUGUUACAACUUUUACUCGUAAAGGGCCACUACGAGGAGCGUCACCGCGUCAUAAAGCUCUUUACAAGAUAUUGCUGUUUCCUGAAAUCGUAGCGGAAUCUUGUCCAUCGACAUCAGAUGCAGCACAGCAACAAUCAUAUGCUCAAGUUGCUUCAACACGGUCAUCGUGCUACCAUCGUGCUGCUUCUUCUAAUAAGCGACGUAAAACUCGUUAUAACUGCAGCAAAUGUAAUCGUCCCAUAUAUCUUAAUGAACAUUCCAUGCAACUAUAUAGUUGUAAACCCAAUUGCCUUUCGUAA